GGACCGGCGCCCCCCGUCUCUGCAACACCACAAGAACCUUGCCCCCUUCUUUAUCAGUCCCGCUGAGAAAUAACGUUAUAAAAGGCAAAAUCCUGCCCCCGCACUACUUCAGUGUUGUGCCUCUGGACCGCCGACAUGUUGCCUUUCACAAGAUACGCGGCAGUACUUGCCCUUGUUGUAGCUGUCACAUUUGCUCAAGACUAUGACUACGACGAACCAAGACCAGCACCACAUCGUGUCCGACCAAGUUACAAUGGACCAUCACAACAAAGCAACGCUCCUAGGCCAAUGCCUGUAGCAAUUUUGAAACAAAUCAACAAGCACAAUGAAGAUGGUUCCUACACCUAUGGCUACGAAUCAGCCGACGGAAGCUUCAAAAUCGAAACAAAACUGCCCAACGGUGAGGUCAAAGGCAAAUACGGCUACGUCGACGACACUGGCAAAGUCAGAACCAUCGAAUACGGUGCCACCAAGUACGGUUUCGCACCAGCUGGUGAAGGUAUCACUGUACCACCACCAACCCUAGUCGACGAGACCACCGACAGAAACGGUCUGCCCAACCAAGACUACCAACAGAACAACUACUACCAACCACAGGAGCAACAACCCAUCAGGGCUGCCCCAAGGCCCCGUCCUAGGCCCCAACCAGUCUACGAACCUUUCGAAGCUCCUCAGUUUGCCCCUGCUCCACAAAGACACAGUGCUGCUCCAGUACCAUCCAGGGCUCAAAUUCCUGGAGCUGUCCAAACCACCAACUUGGAAUUCGGUCAACCCCAGAGGCCAGCCAACGUGAGAAGCUUUGCCCCAGCACCAGCUCCAAGACCUGCUUCAAACGCAAACCAAUUCUCCUUCCCUGACUUCGACUCCAACCCUCCAGUAAGGUCAGCCCCCAAGGUCACCUAUGCUCAACCAGCUCCCUUACCUUCACAGUACGUUCCUGCCUCUAGACCAGCACCCAGGUACCAACCAGGACCUCCACCAGCUCCAGUAGCAGCUCCUUCAAGGCCCGUACCAAGCUCUGUUGGUGGUAGAAGCGGAGGAAUCUUAGACCAACUUUCUAGGGACUACGCUCUCCCAGAAGGUGGCGCUGCUCCACUUCACGAUAUCAGUUUUGGAUAUUACUAAAUCAAGAUGAAGUAGACAUUGAAAUAUAAUGACGGAAGUGAUUGAAAUUUUUUUUAUUUUACUUUUUGUGUCGUUUCUGCAAGAACAUAAUCUAGAACUGUGCUUUUUACAUACUUUUCCGACAUUUGUAAAUUUUACUUCAUUGCUUGAUUCUAUUUUCUUUCUGUCUCUUUCUUGAUUUUACUUUUCUGUUUAUUCACUUUAGAAAAUUUAGAAAACUGUACAUUUGCUACAUACAAACACAUUUCUUCAAUUUUAUAUAUAGGUCUGGUUUCUUUUUCAACUCUCUGUUUUCUUUGCAUUUCCAUCUAUGUAGAAAACUCAUUUCUUCACCUUCAGCAUAUUCUACUGAAAAUGUUUCUUAUAACUUAUUUCAAAUCUUCAUAUGUAGAUAUAACUUUAUGUUCCUUCAGUUCUCUUAUUCUCAUACCUCUGAAAUCUUAGUACUUAAUCUCCAAAUAUUUUUCUAAAUUCUUCAUUUCGUUUCUGUUUUAAAAUCUCUCAAUAUCCAUAAUUCUUCCUUCUUAAUUGAAGAUACUUUGUUUACUUUCGUUUUCAAUACCUUCCAUCUUCAAGGAUCUGCUAUCUUGCAACUUUUCUCUGUGUAUUAUCUUACUUUUUAGUAUUUUAUUUUCAAGCCUGUUUCCAAAUCCUACUGUUCUCUUUUCCUUCAAACACCCUUCUAUAUUUCAAGAAAAUAGGUACUUUUAUUCAUUCUGUGUCUUUUUGGUGCUUUUCACUCUCUUGAUUCAUAAACUCAUUUUUAUUUUACUCUACCUGAUUCGUGAUUAGUUUUUUGUUUCGUAAAUUGAUAUUUCUCUUGCCAAUGUAUUGCAUUCAUAUUUCAUGUUGAAAACACUGUUUUCAUAAACGUAUUCCAUCGAUGUUCUAGUAUCGAUAUAACUUUAUUGUCUUGUAUAUAUUGUAUGAUUUAGUAAUAAGAAGUUACCGAAUUGUGUAGAUUGUUGAAUGCAUAUAUGAUAUUAGGAAAAAGUUCCAUCAAAGUCUGAUGCAAGAUUUCUUGAUAUUUUAAUAAACUUGAUAGGUAAAA